CUCUCUCAAAUACCAACACCUGAACACAGCAUAUCGUCGCCGACACAGCGCAUGCGCGACGCCGUGGUGGCGCGCCUUGUCGAGACGCUCUCCAGGCAUUCCAUUCUCUCCAAGUGCUACGGCACCUUGCCGAGCGACGAGGCCUCCUCCGCCGCUCGCCUCAUCGAGACUGAGGCUUUCUCCACCGCCGCCGCAUCCGCCUCUGUCGAGGACGACGACAUCGAGAUCCUCCAGGUUUACUCUCGCCAGAUUAGCUGCAAAAUGCUCGACACUGUUAAGACUCGUGCCUCCUCCGCUGCCGCUUCUUCUGUCGUCGACGCUGGAACUGCGCUGCAGACUCCGUCUCUCGAGGCUGCUUCCGUCACCGCUACCAGUGAGGAUAACUCUCCUACCGUCACUGAAUCUUAAUCUCUCUCUAGGAUUUAGCUUUUCUGGUAUGCUAGGAUAACUAUGUAUUUGUGUUUGGUUGACAAGAAAGGGCAGGAAAAUGCUAUAGGUUAAUUUUCUAUUGUUAUUUUCUGGGUUGGUGAUUUUUGAAUUUUAAUUUUAUAUUU